AAACAUUUUAAAAACAAAAACACUUUAUUUUUAUCUUUCUAUAAGAACCCUAACGGAACAGUUAUAAAAAUCUUUCACAAAAAAAAAAAAAAAUGAAGAGCAAGAAGCCAUUGAAGCAACUGAAGCUCGCUGUUCCAGCUCAAGAAACCCCUAUCUCUUCUUUCUUGACGGCGAGUGGGACAUUUCAUGAUGGCGAUUUGCUUCUAAAUCAGAAAGGAUUGCGUCUUAUUUCCGAGGAAAAGGAAUCUCGACCUUCUGACGCCAAGGAGCUUGAUUUUGAAUUCUCAUUGGAAGACCUAGAGACAAUCAAAGUUAUUGGGAAGGGCAGUGGUGGUGUAGUACAACUUGUUCGCCACAAAUGGGUUGGAAGAUUGUUUGCCUUGAAGGUCAUCCAAAUGAACAUACAAGAAGAAAUUCGCAAGCAAAUUGUGCAGGAGCUAAAAAUAAACCAAGCAUCACAAUGUUCGCAUGUUGUAGUUUGCUACCAUUCUUUCUAUCACAAUGGGGCCAUAUCUCUGGUGCUAGAAUACAUGGACCGUGGAUCUCUGGCUGAUGUGAUCAGACAAGUUAACACAAUUCUUGAACCAUAUCUUGCAGUUGUGUGUAAGCAGGUUCUACAGGGACUUGUGUAUUUGCACCAUGAAAGGCACGUAAUACAUAGGGACAUAAAACCAUCCAAUCUACUGGUAAACCAUAAAGGGGAAGUGAAGAUCACUGAUUUUGGUGUCAGUGCAAUGCUAGCUAGCUCUAUGGGCCAGAGAGAUACAUUUGUUGGGACUUACAACUACAUGUCGCCGGAGAGGAUUAGUGGGAGCACUUAUGACUAUAGCAGUGAUAUUUGGAGUUUGGGAAUGGUAGUGCUUGAAUGUGCUAUUGGACGUUUCCCAUAUAUGCAAUCUGAAGAUCAACAAAGCUGGCCUAGCUUUUAUGAGCUUUUGGAGGCAAUAGUGGAAAAGCCUCCACCAACUGCUCCAUCAGAUCAAUUCUCUCCAGAGUUCUGUUCAUUUGUAUCAGCCUGCAUAAAGAAGAACCCUAAAGAAAGAGCAUCAUCUUUGGACCUCUUGAGUCACCCUUUCAUCAGAAAGUUCGAAGACAAAGACAUAGACCUUGGGAUUUUGGUAGGUAGCUUGGAACCUCCUGUGAAUUACCCAAGAUAAUUUGCUUUGUUAUAAUAUGCUUUUGGAAUGUAAAAUUUGUUUCUCACCUAUUACUUUUUCCUUUUUAUCUUGUUUAAACUCUCACUUUGUAGUAGUUAUGUUACUUGAAUUCAAAUGUGAGUGUCGGAUAUAAAUAUGUAUCCAUACAAAUAUAACAAUUUUUCUUCAAUUUA